ACGGGGAGACACGCCUUCUUCUCACACAGACCUUCCAGAUCCCGGCGGCUCGGCGGCCCACCCGGGGGUGGUUCUCCAAGUCCUGCCCCUGGCAGUCCCGACGGGCAGGGGCUGGGGACCGAUCCCGAGCGGCCGGUGGGGAAACAAGGAGCUGUCCCCACGAGUGGCGCCCUGUCGAGCAGAUCCCGUGCGGUCGCAGGCGUGGGCGCCCCGCAGUCCGGGCUUUGGGAGAGCGGACGGAGACCUCUGAAACCGACCCCCGGCGCUCCCGCAGAGGAAACUUCGCCGGCUGGCCCACCAAGACCAUCACUAUGACCGAUGGGGACUAUGAUUAUCUGAUCAAACUCCUGGCCCUCGGAGAUUCGGGCGUGGGGAAGACGACAUUUCUUUAUCGAUACACGGACAAUAAAUUCAAUCCCAAGUUCAUCACAACAGUAGGAAUAGACUUUCGGGAAAAACGUGUGGUUUAUAACACCCAAGGACCAAAUGGAUCAUCAGGGAAAGCAUUUAAAGUGCAUCUUCAGCUCUGGGACACUGCCGGACAAGAGCGAUUCCGGAGCCUCACCACUGCAUUUUUCAGAGAUGCCAUGGGUUUCUUAUUAAUGUUUGACCUCACCAGUCAACAGAGCUUCUUAAAUGUCAGAAACUGGAUGAGCCAACUGCAAGCUAAUGCUUAUUGUGAAAAUCCAGAUAUAGUAUUAAUUGGCAACAAAGCAGACCUGCCAGACCAGAGGGAAGUCAAUGAAAGGCAAGCCCGGGAGCUGGCUGACAAAUACGGUAUACCAUAUUUUGAAACGAGUGCUGCAACUGGCCAGAAUGUGGAGAAAGCUGUGGAAACCCUUCUGGACUUAAUCAUGAAGCGAAUGGAACAGUGUGUAGAGAAGACGCAAGUUCCCGACACAGUCAAUGGUGGAGACUCUGGAAAGCUAGAUGGAGAAAAACCAGCAGAGAAGAAAUGCAGCUGCUAGACACUUUGUAGGAACUGAUCAUCAAAAACCCCACCCAAAUAUUACUUCCAAAAAACAGCAACAAACCACAAAAUUGUUUUUGAGUAGACCAUGCAUAAUGGCAUGUCUUUCUUUUUCUGCCAGAAAAAUCUAUUUUAAGAAACCAGAAUAGUCAACGGUGUUCAAAAGAAUUCAAACAAGAUCAGAGAUUUCCUAAUGUGCUCUCACGGUCAUGGAUGCACAAUUUUGGUGUUUUUUUUUUUUUUUUUUUUUUUUUUUUUUUUUUUUUUUUUGUGAAGAAGAUGAGUAUAUAAGAAAGUAUUCAAGAUGGUAUCAGUGAGUUUUAAAUCACAACAAAAAUGACCAUGUCACGUGGGAGAAAGAAAUAGGCCACAAAAGGGAGAAUAUAGAAAGACGAUUUUUUUUUUAAGAUUGGAUUUACUUCUUAAGUAGAAUUUGAUUUGUACUUUUAGUUUUGCAUUCGUGGAACAUAUUAGCUAAAAAUGGGUAUACAAUGAACAAUUCUAAAUGGAUAACUAAUAAUGACAUUACCAUGUCCAUCCAACAAGCUGUCCUAGGGUGACUCAAGCACUGGUAAGGUUAUGAGAUUGUAAAUCAGACUUCUGUUAAAAUGUGGGAGAUUGUGCAUUAAUGUCAUUUUUCUAUUCUUAAUAAAUGGCUGAUAGACAAGAACAGGACUGUGAAUGACAAAGUACAAGAGAGAUGGCCUAAGAGAAAAAGGAAAGUAUGAAAAUAUGGCAUUUGGACAAAUGAAAUUAAAUGUGUCUGUUACAGAAGUCUGGAAGAAUCAUUUAGCCAAAUUUCCCUCAAGCUAAUUAGAAGUUUGACAUUAUCAGUUGGGAUUAAGAGAAUCUCCAGAGGUUUCCCUUUCCAACAAAAUUUUGGAAAUCGGUUCAGUGUUCAGUUUCACAUUUCAUUUUUCUUAGUAAAUGGUCCCAUGGGGAAAUGAAAGAUUGCCAUUUAUUAAAUAUGUCUUUAAAAAUGCAGUCGAGAAAAAGUAUUUAGCCUUAAUUGUUUUUAGAUAAAAUAUGUUGGUGAUAUGAAAACAAAAGUGACAAAUAAUUGUGGGUUUCUUUUUAAUUUACAAAAGCACUGGAAACUCUAAAUCACACUUCUACUCUCCACACCCACCCUGACUUUUGAAUCAAUUGCAAAAAUUAUAGGUGUGUCACUUUGUAGAUCAACAACUUCAGGAUGAUGGAUUGAUUUUAUGGUCACUCUUGAGUUUUCAUGUCAUUCAUCACAUAAAAAUUAAUGAUACCUCGUGACAUAUUACAAUAUAUUUCACAUUUGUUUUCAUCUGCCUGAGGCAGAAUACCCACAUCUGAACUAUAUUUGGGGACAGGGCAGGAGUGGAACUGUAUCUUUUCUCCAAAAAUUUGGUUAAUCGCUUUAUUUUUUCAUAUAAAACUGCCUUUUCUUUUUAAAAAAUCAUCACAAAAGUAUUUUCCAUUGGCUGGAUCUUAUUACAGUGCCUAAACUGAUAUUACAUUGUUUUCUUAAUCUUUGUUUUUGAUAAGCAUAAGCAACUCCUAUUAAAUUGUUCUUUAAAUAUUUCCGUUUCAUCAAUAACAAAGGCAUCAUGCUUCAAUUUUUCUUUUUAUCAUGACUAUAUAAUUUUGAUAAGAUGGUUCUUCUUUCUAUGAAAUUUUGCCAAUUAAACUUCAUUUUUCCAUACUCUGGGCAUAUUUUUAAAUUAUAAACAUUAGAAAACCAAAACCCAAGGUCCCAUUCUCCCUUACCCUUGAACCUCUCUGUAUAGUCUACAUCUGGUAUAGAAUUCAUAUUAGGAACACAGACCCAAGGGAUUGUCUACAGUGUUCUUACAAAAUUCUCAGUGUGAACUGUUCAGUUCCUCUGACUUUGGAAGCAUGAUGCCAGCUUCUAAGUUCCAUCGUACUUGGGUAUUCCCUCCAAGGCUGUUUUUCUCUGUGAUGUGCUUCAUGACCUCAGUGCCUGAGCCAUGAGGAUAAAAAGCUUUCAGCUAAUACCUGAGAUAUUUUGACUGAAAGGAAAGUGAGCAGAAACACUCUAAUCAAUGCUGUGGCAAAAUCUGGUAAACUUCUAUGGCUAUUUAAUCAACUCGCCUUUGGAUUCAAACUGUGAUGUCUCUGGCAUUCCCAUGAUAAGGAAAUGUUGAGCCUUUAUGAAAUCCUAAAGGUAUUCUAUUUUGGAUUUUUUUGUUUCUGCUCUUUUUCCAGUUCUAUGACUGACUGACUGACUUUUGCCAAGAUUCUGUCAUUGCUAGUUAUUUGACAGGCAUUUAUUUCAGGGUCUAUUUUAAGAUCGUUACUUGAUAGCCGUAGCAUGCAGCAGAGAGUGAUGAUGCCUUUAAUUAUAGAAUUCUGCCUAUAAAAAUAACAAUUAUUGGGCAACAAUCUUAAGAGGCAUGAAAUUUAAAGAAGACAAGAAAACUAAUUUAAAGUUGUAUUCUACUAAUAAAUAAAUACUUGAUCUGAGAAAAUAUUUUCUCUGUCAAGUUUGACAUCUGAUCCCAAAUUCUAUGUCACCAUUACAAGAAAUUCCUUUACUUAUUAUUACAGAAUUAAUUAUUAUGUAGAAUUCAUUUUACAGGUUCAAGCUGAGUUGGGAACAUGAAGUAUACAGACAGGUUUAAAGAAUGGCAUACCUCCUUUAGCCCAAAACAGCAUGAAUUUUUAGCCAAGAUGUAUCCUGUUAUUUGUUACCUCCCAAAUGCUUUGGUAAACUAUAUUGUAUUGGGGGGAAAUAUUUAAAAUGUACAUGAAAUUCCUCUCUGAUAUAGAAAUCAUUUCUGGAGUGCUUACACUAGUUUGAUGUUUACAUUGCUCUAACACAGUGCCUCGAAUACCUCUAUGACCAAAUUUGUCUCCAGCCACACAGCUCAUUUCCUAUUAUAUCCUAUUUGAGGAGGGCCUCAGCGAGACACUAAUGCAGCUAAAGGCACUCUGUAUCUUCAGCAAGGGGACAGGAUGUUAUUAGAAUCUGGAGAUAAUUACUACCAUCUCCUAGUCUCCUAAGCCUCUCACAGAGUUGAAGUGGGCAUUGCUUGAAACUCCACUGUGAGUGGGUACGAGGUUACCUUUUGAUACAAAAAAAGAAAAAUCCUUUGAAAAAUGUACCAAAAAAAUAGCUGAGAAAACAUGUUUGUCUUGAUAUGACAAGGGUCACAAGUCACGAAUUGGCAGAAAAUGGUAGGAACUGAGCUUGUGGGUCUCUACAUAAGUUUUAGAAUUCUUGCAAGUCACCACUCAAGUUGAUUUGCUAUCAUUUCCAUAGUAUUACCGACACACUGCAAAAAACUCAAAACCAGCAUUUUCUGAAGUAAAUAUUUCAUCUGUUGUUUCGCACCAGAAGGGCCAUUCGAUGUAUCAGUAGGUGUCUUUGUUAUGCUUUAGCAUACGUAUGCUCUGCCAACCUGUACAGGUAAAAUGAACUGGGCAAGAGUUUUAAUCAGACCUUUCUUAUCUCCUCUGUAAGAGAGAGAAGCUUGACCAUAGAGAAGCACAUGACUAUAUUAAACAAUAAAUUAUUACAGCCAAAAUAUUCUAUAAACUGUAAAUUGAAUUGCCUGGAAAUCAACAAGUUUGAUGAAGCUCAUAUUUACACUCAUCAGCUAGAAAGAGAAGCAAUAUGUGUCACAGUGAAUAGGUCUACUGGAAACCCAGAACCAGUGUCCACGACACAAGAUUAUUCACUGUUCUGUAUCUCUGUUCGCUUUAAAAGAAGGGUACAUAUACUUUCCUCAGUGUGUACCAUACUAAAACAUUGAGGGAAAAUUCUCAUCAACAAAGAAUCUUGGAGUCAUAAUCUCAAACUUAAACUAAAAAAUAAUAUUGAAGUUUCUGUUUUCCUAAGAUAUUAACUCUUUAAAAGAGAGAUCUGAGAGCUGAUGUUAGCCAAAGGGAGGGAAAAGUUGUCUUUCACUCUGUACCACCAAGCUUUAAAGCACUAAAAAAAAAAAAAAAAGGCUAGUGUAUGUGAAUAUUUUAGGGAAAACUUUAUGAUCUCUAAAGAUGUCAAGAUGCUGUCUAUAUCU